ACCUACCGAGGCUGAUACUGAAACUGAUAACGAUUACUAAUUUAUUUUGCUAGUCAGUGUAUAAUAAAUUCUUUAGUUUCGGGUUUUUGUUACGUGGAGGAUCUUAACUUUUAAGUGCUGUAUUAACUCUUUGCUAAUUAGUUUACAUAACAAAGAAACUAUUAAAAACUAACUAGGCUUACUGUUUCGUACAUAAAGCAAGUAGUUUUAAGAAGAUGGCAAUUCUCGCACCAGCAAUAUUUGUUAAUCACGGCGGUGGACCUAUGCCUCUAUUAGGUGACAAAAGUCACACAGCAUUGACAGAAUUCCUGCGACACGAAGUAAAUAAGUAUGUUAAUUUCAAGGAAUUGAAAGCUAUAAUACUUGUCACUGCUCAUUGGGAGGAAGAUGUGGUAACAAUAUCUUCAAGCAAGCAUCAUGACUUAUACUUUGAUUACUAUGGCUUUCCUCCAGAGUCGUAUAAAUAUAAAUAUAGUGCGCCUGGUGAUCCUGAAUUGGCACAAGAUAUCCAUAAAACGUUAACCGAUGCUGGUAUAGAGUCCAAAUUAGAUCCGAAAAGAGGUUGGGACCAUGGUGUUUUUGUACCAAUGUUGCUUAUGAAUCCCGGAGCUGAUAUUCCUAUUAUACAAAUAUCUGUGUUAACAAAUCAAGAUGCUAACAAGCAUUACAAACUCGGUGAAGCCUUGUAUAAGUACCGUAAGAGUGGAAUAGCAAUAGUCGGUUCCGGAAUGUCAUAUCAUAACAUGCGAGAAUUUAGAUCUGGGGAAUAUGAUAGAACAGUUGUAAAUGAAGAUUUUGACAAUUUCUUAAACAAUGCUUGUACUGCAAGUAAUGAUGAGAGAAGGGAAAAGUUUUCAUCCUGGGAUAAGCAAUCUGGAGCAAGAGAGGCGCAUCCGCCGAGAGCAGCUGAACACUUUAUGCCAUUAGUUGUUGUUGCUGGAGCGGGUGGCGGUGCUGGAGGGGAACGGAUAUUCAAUUGGGACUAUAUGGGGAUUUUUAGAUUGAGUGGAUUUGUAUGGAAAAAUGAGUGAAUAUAGGACAUUUCUGACAUUGAUAUUAGAUAGUGUAAUAUUAUCGUAAUUCAUAAAAAAAGCACUACCUAAAUGAAGACUUCUCUGAAGACAUGGUUUAUAAUAAGACACAAAUUUUUUUUUUGUUAAACUUUACCAAAGGCAACUUUACCCAGAGUGUUAAAUAAAGUGCUGUGUGCCUAUUGAAGCUUACAAAUCGACAAUAAUUUCCACUUUUAUUAUUGGAGUGAGAAAAAAUUAUGCCCAUGUUUGUACUACAUGUAAUUAUAUUAUCGAUCCGUACAGAUCUGAAAAUAUAUUUUAAUAUUGUGUGAUAAGUUUUAUUACUUAUUAGGUGACCUGACAGAUGUUGUCAUGCCGUCAUGAAAACACUUACUUUUAGCAUGAGCGGAUGUAAGUGGCAUUCUUAGAUCACCUCUACUCGGGGAAAUGAAUAUUCCUACCAAAAAUCAAGUCUACACUUUAUGGUUCCAGAGAUAUCAUCAUGAGUCAAUAUAUAGGUGGAAAUCUUUUCUAGAUUUAUACUAUGCAUGUCUUAAGGAAGCACAAAUUGAAAAAAAUGUUUUAAUAUAGUUAGCAUUUUUGCAGAAUGGUUGUAUCCUUUGGUAUUCUUUAAUUUCAUACCAAAGCCAUAUAUAUGGCAAUAAGUUUGCUGGGUCAGUUACUAUAGUUACAAGAUUUGUUUAGUUUAAAUAAAUAAUAUAUUUAAAUUCCAUUUAAUCAGCAAUAAACUUGGAAAAUAGAGGAUGUUAUGAUUGUAUUGCUAAGACUCGAGAGAAAAACAAUUAUUUGUUUUAUUAUUAUUAAAUUGAUGAUUAAUUUAUUGGGAAGUUGGGAAAAUAACAACUCGAUAUAUUACAGAUAAUAUGAUUUUCGUAAAGAACCCGACAAAUUCAUUGGAAAUCUACAUCAAAUUGUAAUUUCAGUAGGAGAUAAUAAUGUGCAUGAUAGAUAAAUUUGUGUUCAUUGCUGCAUAAACUUGACUUGUUAAGAUGAUUUAUAUGUCUAUAUAACCCUCUUGCUGCUAACAGCCAGAGAAUUCUAACAGUCUAAGUAACGGAUGAAAUCACAAAAUUGUAGGACGACACAUCACUCUAUUUUAAAUGUCAAAAUUUGAUUAAUUGCGACAAAAUUAUGUAUGCGAUAAAAUUGUAUGCAAGCAAAGUAAGCAUGCAACCAUGUUAGUGUCCAUCGACAUAAUAUCUAGAUAAGACGAGAAAAUGCGUAGAGAUAAUUUACUCGUGGUGCAAAUGCAAGCCCGGCAGGUCAAUUAUUUUAGUGUGCACGACAGCCACGUCUUACACUCUCGAUACGUUGGUCACUUUGUUUUACUGUUUGUGCGUUGCUGAAAAUAGAGGCUAACCGUUCGCCGCUAUUUUUUUUGGCGUGUUCACAGCUGUCACAGUCUAUCUAGACGUAUAAAUUAUCUAAGCGCAACUGUAUUAGUAAGUAGUAGAAAUAUAAUAUAUAAAUAAAAUUAAAUGCAUUAACUCUCGGAAUAUAUUUAUUGUAAUACUAACAUAUAGAUUGUAAGGUUUCGGUGCUAUAGACUAUAGUGUCAAAAAUUAUUAGAUAUUUAUGUAGCUAUACAAUGGGACCAAAUAAAUAUUUUAUUCACUUGAAA